AUGAUGGGCCUCCUCUCACGGAAAAAGACCAACACGGCCCAGUCCUCCCAACCCGCCCAAGCCCCGCCGCCCAUCUCCGCCCCGCUCCCUUCCUCGCAACCGCCCUCCAUCUCGACCACCGACUACUCGGCCAAGAAGUACCCUUCCUCGACGGGUAGCGCGGGAGCGUAUGCUGCACAGCAACAACCUAGUCCGCCGCGUAGUCCUGUCGAAGCUGGAUACGCACACCACGGGAAACAGCAGUCGCAGUCGCAGUCGUACCGUCCCCAGAGUUCCAACUCGCAGAACCGGGCAGGAGGAGGAGGAGGAGGCGGGUACGGCGCAGGCGCAGGAGGCGGACAAGACUACGGCUACGGCGCGAACGGCUCGUCGUACGCGCAGGAACGGGGGUACGGGGACGUCGAGGGCAAGAUGGGAAACUUGGGAAUCAAUGGCGGCGCGGCGGCGGGCUCGGCGGACCAGAUGAGCGUCGAUACGGACAUGGCGGACGGGUCGAACGGGCAGUACGGUGGCAACGGUGGAGUGUACCAGCAGCAGCAGCAGUCGGCUGUCUCGCGGCACCAUCAGCAGCAGCAGGGCGGAGGCGGUCACCACUCUCACGCCUCGCGACAGCUCGCCCGACAGACCGAGACGACUCCUCAAGUCGUCCUCUCGCCCACUCCGUCGCAGUCGUCGUCCGUCUCGCGCAAGACCUCGUCCCGCUAUAGCCUCACCGACUUUACCUUCAUCCGGACGCUCGGGACCGGCUCGUUCGGCCGCGUCCACCUCGUCCGGUCGCAGCACAACGGGCGUUCGUACGCCAUCAAAGUCUUGAGCAAGGAGCGUGUGGUCAAGAUGAAGCAGGUCGAGCACACGAAUUCCGAGCGCGAGAUGCUCGAGCGCGUGAGGCACCCGUUCUUGGUCAACCUUUGGGGGACAUUCAAGGACUCGAAGAACCUCUACAUGGUCAUGGACUUUGUCGCAGGCGGCGAGCUCUUCUCCCUCCUCCGCAAGAGCCAGCGCUUUCCCGACCCAGUAGCCAAGUUCUUCGCUGCCGAAGUCGCCCUAGCACUCGACUACCUCCACUCGCUCGACAUCAUCUACCGCGACCUGAAGCCCGAAAACAUCCUCCUCGGCGCAGACGGACACGUCAAGAUCACCGACUUUGGGUUCGCGAAACAUGUCCCCGAUAUCACUUGGACGCUGUGUGGCACGCCGGAUUAUUUGGCGCCGGAGAUUGUACAGUCGCGGGGCUACAACAAGAGCGUCGACUGGUACGCGCUCGGCGUGCUCAUGUUCGAGAUGUUGGCCGGCUACCCACCCUUCUUCACCGAAGACUCGAACCCGAUGCGCCUCUACGAAAAGAUCAUCUCGGGCAAGAUCCGCUACCCAGCGUACUUCACGCCCGAAGCGAAAGACCUCCUCAAGUCGCUCCUCACGACCGACAUCACCAAGCGUUUCGGCAACCUCGCGAACGGGUCGCGCGAUAUCUUUGGGCAUGUGUGGUUUCAGGAGGUCGAUUGGGAGCGGCUGUAUAGGAAGGAGAUUCCGGCGCCGUAUGUCCCCAAGGUGGAGGGAGACUGGGACGCUAGCAACUUUGAUGCGUACCCUGAGGUCGACCUGUCCGAGUACGGCUCGUCCGGCCCCGACCCUCACGGCCACCUCUUCCCUCUCUUCUAA